CGCGGCUAGUUCAAGUUGCCAUAGUAGGAGGAUGCAUAAUCGCCGUUGUUUUCUUUUAAGUAAAAAUCUUGUGUGUGACGUGGACGACACUUUAGUGCAAUAUAUUCGAUCUUUUGCCGCUGGCCAUAUUUAAGGUUGUGCGAUCGUUAUACAACUACAUGAGUGUCAGCUUUAGGUUAGCUAGCUAGCUUUUAGUGUUUGCCACCUGUUGCUAUCAUCAAGCGGAGCAUCCCAAACAACGCAAUGAGAGCGUUGAAUGGGCAGGCGAAAAUAUAUGCAUUUUAUAAGUCUAAUUAUUUCUUAGAGGGGUUUUCUCAGCAAAGCAAAAGGUUCCCAAUUUCGUCGCGAAUGUGCUAUGCAAUUCUUUUGUCAUUGGGAGUUUUCUUUACUCAGGUUAUUAAUCUAAACAUUUGCGUUGCCGAGCUAUAAUUCCAAAAUAUGAACACAUCCAGUGGAUCCGAUUCGUGCGACAGAUUGCGUGGACAUGAAGCCCACCGCAGAUUUGCACGGGAAAGAGGCCGAGCUAGUGGGCGAGCAGGUGAUGGCCGAACAGCUGAGAUGUCAGAGAAGAUCAGCACACUGUGCAGCACUUUGCAGGAUACUAAUCGGAACUUGACCAAGGUGGACCAGAUGCUGGGCCAGUACAGGGAGAAUACCGACGACCAGGCUGAGGCCAUGGCUUUGCUUCGUGAUAACCUGGAGGAGUCCAUCAGUCAGUUGCAGGCACAGAGGCUGAUAAGAACCAAUGGUGUUCAUAGUAGUGUUUCCGCCUCCAGUUUGCACUCCAGUGACCUGGACGGUUGCCCUAGAUCAGAUGUCAAACAUAUCAAGUCGACUUCCCCACGAAAAGACUACGCAGGAACGCCAGGGAGCAGGAGGAGGUCUCACUCGGCAUGUGUUCGCUUCAAGAAUAGCAGCUUGUCAGGAGAGGAUAUCCACACACUGCACCAGUCCUUGAGAGAUCUGCGCUGCGACCAACAGAGGCUGUCAGUGGACCUGGAACGAGAAAUCGUCAGGAGAAAUAGGGCUGAUGUCGACACCAGGAUUGUGAUCGAGAGCCUCUCUGAUCAUGUGACCCCUAUACAGCGGCAUGACUCUACUUUGGAGCGACACAGUUUCAGUGAGAGAGAGGACGCCGUGACGUCCAGACUACUGAACGCAGAAAAGGAAAAGUCCAAGAUGGAGUAUGAGCUUGAGAGAGUUCAACGACAACUGACUCAGUCGGAGGACAGCAGAGAGUCGCUGGUUCAACAGGUGGAGACGAUGCGUGGCGAGCUGCAGCGGACCAGGAUGGAGAAGAUGGAGCUUCAGAAGGUCUGGCUGCAGUCUAGUCAGCCUAUUCCUGGCAACUCUGCAGGCAGGGAGGAGGGAAGAUUACGAGGUGCGCAAUACGAUUCAGACGUGGAGAAAGAGUUGGCGGAGCUCCGAGCUCAAUUGCGUAAGGUAUCAGUCAACAGUGAGGUUGAGGAGCUCAAGAAUGCAUUGGACCGCAAGGAGAGAGAGCGGAUCCAGCUGAGUAUCCAAUUGGAGGGCUUGUCUGCAGACUUGGCAAGACGGGAGCAACAACAAGUGCGAAUGCUUGAACAGCUGAGGGAUUUACAGAGCCGACAGCAGACAGAGAGGACCGAGACUGAGGAGUUACUCCAGGAGAGCACAAGGAGCAGAGAAGAACUAAGGGCCAAGGCCCAAAAGGCCGUGCGUCAAUGGAGGGCAAAGUGCAAUCGACUCCAGAAGGAACUGGAAGAAGCUCGGGUUCACAUUCAGAUGCACACUGACAAAGCAGCACAGGUAGCCAAAGAAAAGGAGGGUUCCCACACCCAGCUAAAGGCGCUGAGCCAGCAGGUUGGAGCUGCCCGCAGAGAGCUGGCUGAAAGCCUACAACGUUUGGCCCUGUGUGAAGAGGAGCUUCACCGCAAGGAUGUGGAGCUCUCCGAGAGCUGCCAGCGCCAACUGGCUCUAGAGCAGGAAACCCGGGAGGUGAAGGAGACCUCGGCUGGUCGUCAGAGAGAAGUUCGGCGGCAGUCGGACAACCUGGCAAGACUGGAGGAAGAGAAUCGGAGGCUUGUAGAACAAGCCGACACGCAAAUAUGUCUCAGUCAGAGACACCAGAAUAAGCAGGCGGAGCUCCAGGUUACGCUGAGUCAAAUGACUUCAACUCAUGCUCAGCUAGCACACCGCUUAACUGAGGCGGAAGCUUCCAAGAAGGAGCUUCAGAAGGUCACAGCAGAAUUGCAGGCCAAGCUGGCCGUAGUUCAGGAAGAGCCGGACACGUUGAGGAAACAGCUGCGGCUGGAGAGAGAGGUUCAUCAGAAGGAGCUGGACAACCUGAAGGCCACGAUUGAAGAAGGCAAGACGAAGAACAAAGACGUGCACGACAUGCUCCGACUCUGCCGUCAGCAGCGCGAUGAAAUCCAGUCACAUCUGAAUGAUGUUCAGGAAGGCGCGGUGUCGGAGAAGAAGUUAUGCGAGGUGCUCCGCGUCAAGUUGGACAGGAUGAAGGAUGAGUGUGACAAGCUGGCUGCACAGCUCAACGCAAAAGAGGAUGCACACGCACUCCUCGAUAAAAAAUACCAGCUGCUUCAAUUGGAACUGGAAGAAGUCAAGUCAGAUAUGACAGUAUCAGAACUUGUCAGACAGGAAGGGAAAGUGGCCCAGAUGGAAACAGAACACGAGGCCAUUCUUUCUUCCAUCAGUGAUGAACUCGAUAGAGCUCUCCAAGGUCUGCCAAGGAAUAACUUCCAGCAGGCAACUAAAAAAGCUGGACCAGUAAAAGACUCCUCCCUUUGGCUAGCGGAGACAAAGUCCAAGAUACGCUGGCUGCGUGAGGAGGUGCAGGAGCAUGAUACAAGAGGAGAACGACUUAGGAUGCAGCACAAGCACACCAGGGAUGAGUUGAAGGCUCUCACGCAGACUCGGGCCACAGACCGAGAUGCUCUCUUGCGACGGCUGGACGAACAAGAGAAGCUGUUACUCUCAAUCAGCGCUGAAAAAAAAGAGCUGCUGGAGGGGAAUCGCAAGAAGGAUGAAGAAAUGAGAAGCUUGCAGGAUCGUGUUUUGGAUCUUGAGAUGAACUCAAGAGCAGCAACGGACUACUUAAAGUUCAUCCCAGAGAAGCAAUACCUGACAGACAAUUUCAAAGACUUAGAGGAAUCACAACGGCAAAAAGAGGUGGUCGAGCAGUGCUACACUAAACACAAAGAAAUCGUCUGGGACCUGCAGCACCAGCUUGAUGAGUCGAAACGUAAAAUCCAUGAGUGCAGGGAGGAGAAAUUAGACGCCACUACCAGAAGUAUGAAACUUGCUGUUCUGGCUUCCUCUAUGAAGAGCCCCAGUGCAUUUUUUAACAGCUCUGUGAGAUCCGAUACACUGUCUCCACACAAACGCCUGACCACUUCCGACUUGGACGACUCCGCAGUCAACAUGGCCAAAUUCCUCACAGAUCUUUGACAGCUCUACUACAAGUGAUUAUUUUUUUUACACCCAACUGGUGCUCAACCACAAGAAAGAACUACUCCACUUAAAAGAAUCAGCAGUAAUCUCCCCCGACUACCUCAAACGCACAACCACUGAUGUCGCCACCCUUCAAAAGGUGCCAAUUUACAACUGUAACAAAAAAGGGAUUUUAAUUUAUUUAUAGAGUAUAUCAGACAUAUGCCAAUGUGUUCCAAGCUGCCACGGUGUAACACAACAAACAUGACUGAAGAGCUCACCUCAGUGCCUUUUGCAUUUUUUAAAACAAUGUGUCAUCUUGAGAGUAUUUUCUUUGUGUCAUAUAUUUGUAAAAUAAACACUGAAGUCUUGUUUUUUUUUUUUUUUUAUGAACUGUGAAGCUCUUGAAAUAAAUCCUGAUGGGGCCUAAUGUUUGUUUUUCAAGGAACCCCUGGUGCCGAUUCAUUUCAUUUUGUUUGCAAAUGAUUUGCUUUGCGGCAAGAGACUGCAGCUUCUCUCUUUGAGAGAUAUUUAUUCAUACUUUUUCAUUGACUAAAUCAAACAAAGAGAAGUACCUUCUUGUGGAGCCUGCUGUGUAAAUAUUUUUCUGUACAAUAUCUCUUUUGAGCCGCAUGCACUUUUAGUUUACAAUCUUUAUGUUGACAGUGUUACAAAUAAUGUUCCUUAUUUUACUGUUGUAGUGUUUUGCUUCAUCUUGAUGUUCUGCAUAUUUUUAUAAUGUUUUAAUGUACAUUAUAGAUCCUGAUCUGUAUUUUAAUGUUGUAUGCAGGAUGACAACUUCCUUCUUGAAGCUUGAGCUCCAACAGCUUCGCAAAAAUAUUCUUUUUUUUGCAAUCUGAUAAAAAGCCUGUGAGGGUGGCUAAUCUAUUUCCCAACAGAUUACGUUGAUAUUUGCACUUUUCUGAAUAAAUCACAUUUGGUGG